GAAAAGGGAGUAAGAACCACAAAAGAGAUGGCAAGAGCCUUACCAUGGCUAACCUUUUCAGCCACCCUGCUGCUGCUAGCAAGCAUCAAGAGCAGCACAGCGUCCAGGAUGGCGAAGCCUGGAUGCCAAGAAACAUGCGGCAACCUCACCAUCCCAUACCCCUUCGGCAUCGGUCAAGGUUGCUUCUACGGUCAAGGGUUCGAUGUUUCAUGCGAGAACAAUCGUGUUUUCAUGCAUAAUUCAAGCAGCCGAAUGGAGAUCUACAACAUCAGUCUGGUAGGAGGGCAGGCUCGAGUCAGCACCUUGAUUGCAUCCAAGUGCUCCUACAAAAAUGGCACCGACACAGAUUGGGGGGUUUCAUCAAAUACUGCCGAUUUGUUUACAAUAUCCAGCAAGGCGAACAAGCUAACAGUGGUUGGAUGCAACACCCUUGCAUUCCUUGGAGGCUUUAAUGAGCACAGAGCCGGAGCUGGGUGUUUCUCAAUGUGCCCUGACAAGCAAGGAGUGGACGGUAGUGGGCAGUGCUCUGGCAUGGGCUGUUGCCAGACAUCCAUCGCACCAAACCUCAAUUCCUUAAACAUAGGAUUCGAUGACAGGUAUAACAAUUCUGAGGUGCGUGAUUUCAACCCCUGCAGCUAUGCUUUUGUCGCCGAGCAGGAUUGGUUCAGGUUUGAGGCUUCAUACCUUGAUGAUGACAAGUUCAGGGAAAAGUUCAAGGAUGAGGUCCCUGCUGUGCUUGACUGGGUUGUUGGACAUGAAUCCUGUGAUGAAGCGGUCAAGAACACGACAUCGUAUGCCUGCAUUAGCAAGAAUAGCCACUGCAUCAUGUCAGCAAAUGCUACAGGCUAUCUCUGCACCUGCAACAAUGGCUUCGCAGGCAACCCCUACCUGGAAGAAGGAUGCCAAGAUAUCAACGAGUGCCGCUUUCCAGAUCAGUAUCCUUGCCAUGGAAUCUGCAGCAACGCGAUUGGGGACUACAUUUGUUCAUGCAACUCUGGAACUAGCAGCAUAGAUCCAAAGAGAGAAACCUGCAAACAAAUCACAGUUUCAGAAAGAGCUAGAUUAACAAAAAUGUUUAUAGGUAUUUCAGCAUGUGCUGUAAUUCUCCUUAUCUGCAUUUUUGCACUCCUGAUUGAAUGUCAGAAGAGAAAGCUGGUGAAAGAAAAGAAGAUAUUCUUCCAACAAAAUGGUGGCCUGCUAUUAUAUGAGCAAAUCAGGUCAAAGCAAGUUGAUACAGUAAGAAUAUUCACAAGGGAAGAACUAGAGAACGCAACAAACAAUUUUGAUUCAAGCAGAGAAUUAGGAAGAGGCGGCCAUGGAACUGUAUACAAGGGAAUUCUCAAAGAUGGCAGAGUGGUGGCCAUAAAGCGCUCAAAGGUUAUGAACAUGGACCAGAAAGAUGAAUUUGCGCAAGAGAUGGUUAUACUUUCACAGAUAAACCACAGGAAUGUGGUAAAGCUUCUAGGAUGUUGCUUAGAAGUGGAAGUUCCAAUGUUGGUCUAUGAAUGCAUCCCAAACGGCACCCUAUUCGAGCUGAUGCAUGGUAAAAACAGAAGACUUUCCAUCUCACUGGAUACACGUCUCAGGAUAGCUCAGGAAUCUGCAGAAGCAUUAGCAUAUCUGCACUCAUCAGCAUCCCCUCCCAUAGUUCAUGGAGAUGUAAAAUCUCCAAACAUUCUCCUAGGCGACAACUACACAGCAAAAGUGACUGAUUUUGGAGCAUCAAGAAUGCUUCCUACGGAUGAAAUACAAUUUAUGACAAUGGUACAGGGAACUAUAGGUUAUCUUGACCCUGAAUACUUGCAAGAGCGUCAACUAACAGAGAAGAGUGAUGUUUAUAGUUUUGGAGUUGUGCUCCUAGAGCUCAUUACAAUGAAGUUCGCAAUUUAUUCUGACAGUACUGGAGAAAAGAAAAACCUUGCAUCAUCCUUCCUUCUAGAAAUGAAAGAAAAUGGACUUCAAUUCAUCUUGGACAAGAAUAUAUUAGACUUCGAAGCGGAGCUGCUCCAAGAAAUUGCUCAACUGGCAAAGUGUUGCUUGAGUAUGAGGGGGGAAGAACGGCCAUUAAUGAGAGAUGUCGCUGAGAGGUUGAGAUCAAUAAGAAGCACCUGGAGAGAACAAUUGAUUCAGAAUCCUAGCAGGGAAACUGAAUGUUUGCUUGAGAACUCGUCACACUAUGACCCUUCUAGCACUGGACAGCAUGGAAGUCUGAUGGCGCUAGAUCUGGAAAGUGGUAGAUGAUAAUAAAUUGCUUAUGAAAUCACAGAUUGUAGCAGAGAUUGAAUUUACUAUUUCGUGCCAUAAAUGUCAUGCAAAAAUGUGUCAUUUUGUUUUUAAUUGUAACAAACCUCCUUGCAUGAAUAGCAAACUUCUAUGUACCAUGAUUUCAAAUAAUUCCAGUAUGUUAACAACAAAGAGUUGCUAAAUUGUGUAACUUCUUUUUUUACCAUCACCUUCCUACCAUGUGCUUGUAUCCACUGAAUAUAGUUCCUUCUGUAUAGCCUCUGAUAUGCAACUCCUGUAUAUAUCUUGUAUACCUUUUACUCUAUUUGACAAUAUAUUACUGUCAGA